GCAAAAAUGAAAUCAAUUGUAAAAGCCACCACUGAUGGUAUCGAUUAUGGGGAUAUGGUCGUUUUAUAUUCUGCUGACAAAUUUGCUAACGAAAUUGUCCUUCGUAAAGGAGGGAGAUUUGAAUGCCAUAGCGGAAUUUUCCUUCACUCGAAGAUAAUUGAGACAGGAUUUGGAAAGAAAGUGUAUUCUGAGUCUAUGAGAGAGUCCUUGUACGUACUCAAGCCUAGUUCCACUCUUCACACACAUUGACUCAAUCACAGGACUCAGAUACUCUACUCACCUGAUAUCUCGAUGGUACUCCUUCAAUGAGCAAUGAAGCCAGGAAGCUUGGUCAUCGAGUCUGGAACUGGGAGUGGCUCUCUAUCGACUUCAAUAGCAAAGACUGUUUUCCCUACUGGCCAUUUAUACACAUUCGAGUUCAAUGAAGAAAGAGUCAAGGCUGCUCAAAAAGAGUUUGAAGAAAUGGGAUUUGAUCAAAACAUUACUGUCACACAUAGAGAUGCAAUUGAAGAUGGUUUCAACCUCGAUAUCGCAGGAUCAGAUGGAGAGAAGACUGACCUUGAGGACAAAGCAGAUGCAGUGUUUCUUGAUCUCCCAAGUCCAUGGAAAGCUAUUGGACAUGCCUAUAAAGUCCUAAAACACAAUGGAAGAAUCUGUAAUUUCUCUCCAUGUAUUGAACAAGUUCAAAAAGUGUGUCUUGAACUCAACGAUCUCAAAUUCUCACAUAUUAGAACCUUUGAGUGCUUAGGCAAGCCCUAUGUCAGUAAGAACAAAGGAUAUGAAUACCUUGACUACUCAGAAAACGAAGGAGAAGAAGUCAAAGAAGUUCCAGAAAAGCCUAAGAAAAGAAAGAGAGAUAGAAAAGCAGUCCAAAAGAAGGAAGACAUGAAAAACAGAAACAAACUCCUUACUUCAGAGCCCUCUUUCAAGAUUAAGGGACAUACUGGAUAUCUUACCUUUGCUACCUGCAACAAGACACUGGGAAGAGUUGAAGAGAUUGUCCAGAAGGACCAAAAGCAGUCUGAUAAGUAGAAUUAUCUCUUUAUAACAA